GCCGCCGUCUGUCACUUAAGCUCAACUCGUCGCUCAAUACCGCGUACGGCAACGACGCUGUGUGCACAAACCUCAGCGGACACGAAGAGGGUAUUCUGACGAGCAUCUUGUCGUUGGUGGCCAUGCCGGCUGUCGAAUUCAACACCGAGCACCCCACAGCCGAGGAACACUCCCACAUUUUGCUGAUGUUCCUGCAGUCCCAAUCGCAGAACGCAUUGAACCGCCUAUAUCAGAUGCCCUCGGCGUGCCUCUCUGUCUUUCGUCUUCUGAACCCUCUCGAAAGACAACUCGUCAUGAAUCUGCUCUGGCUGGAGUCGGCAAUUCCUGUUUCAACAAUGUCUGCAUGGGUCACACGAGAGGGCAAGAAAGCCUACAAUGAGAGUGUCUCUACAUUGGGUCGCUUGCAUAUCAUCCCAAGUUCUCAAGUGAAGCUGAUCCUGAGUGCUAUGUUCAAGACAAGCUUGAGGCAGGCGAUUACCGGAGGAGGCUCGAGCGGCAGUUUCGGAGUACCGGCAGAACCAAAUGACCAAGAGCUUCCGCCCUCAAUUGAGUCAUUAGAUUCGUAUGCAUUGGAGCGUUGGGAGACUAUACUCCAUUAUAUGGUGUCUUCGGGUACCGGGCAACAUCCGACGCAACCUUCAAGAGAGGUCCUCUUCCUGCUGCGACGUAGUGGGCUCAUGGCGAACGCGCACGGCGGAGCCUUGCAGAUAACGUCGUCAGGGUUUCAGUUUCUCCUGAACUCACCACAUGCACAGCUCUGGGAGCUGCUAUUGCAAUAUCUCCACUUGGCAGAGGAGCGCCAGAUGGAUUUGGUUGAAGUCUUGGGCUUUCUGCUGAUGCUUUCAACGAUGGAGCUUGGCAGAGAAUAUUCCACGGAGCAGUUGAGCGCUACCCAAGUCGCAAUGCUCACAGACCUGCGAAACUACGGACUGAUAUGGCAACCUAAUCCGUCCUCGCGCCGCUUUAGCCCAUCCCGUCUUGCUACCACUCUGACAUCUCAUUCGCCUCCGCUGCCAUCUUCACAUAACUCAGGCUUGGGAACUCAGUCCGAAGGCUUCAUUGUUCUAGAAACCAAUUACCGCUUGUAUGCGUACACAGAUAAUCCUCUACAGAUUGCCAUUCUGAACCUUUUCGUCACAUUGAAAUCUCGGUUCCCAAACCUGGUCAUUGGAGCAAUUACCCGCGAAAGUGUGAAGAAGGCACUUGCCAACGGAAUUACCGCAGAUCAAAUUAUUAGCUACUUGACUGCACAUGCUCACCCACAGAUGCGAAAAAAUAGACCUCUCCUGCCGGUGACGGUGCAAGAUCAGAUCCGACUCUGGGAGCUGGAGAAAAAUAGGUUGAAAUCUGAAGAAGGGUAUUUAUAUACCGCAUUCGCUUCUCAGGCCGAUUACGAAUACGUUCUCAAUUACGCUAAGCAGCUGGACGUCGUGCUUUGGGAAAACCCGUCAAAGCGGUGUUUCUUCGGCAGUUUGGAUGGACACGCGAACAUACGAGGGUUCAUCGAGAGGAGGACCGCCGGCAACGCUUAAAUAGAUCAUAUCAGGAUCAUCUGGCACUGCCCAUCUUACAGAUGGUUUCGAAUCUCUAAGAACUAUCUAUCGUGCGGC